AGUGAAGGGACUUGGUUGUGGUAGAGCCUGCGGAGGCGGCGGGGCUCUGACUGCGACUCUCAGCUCGCCCCGGGGCUUGUGCUGAGGAGGAGAAGGCGGCGGUGACCGUCGUGUUCCGAGUCACCGCGGCCGGCGUGUUCUGGCCGGGAGGUCGGUGCGUGCCCCGACGGAGUGCGCGGAGCGGGCGAGGAGGUGCGGAGCCGCCGCGGAGCGCAGGUUGCUUUCCUGUUGCAUCUUUGACAUAGUUUCCUAGACCCUGCUCCAUGAUUAACUCAGAAGUUUGAAAUGAAGAUGGAGGAGGCAGUGGGAAAAGUCGAAGAACUCAUUGAGUCCAAAGUUCCACCGAAAACAUCCAAACAAGAGACAACUAAGGAGGAAGAUGGAUCUGUAGAACUGGAAUCUCACGUUCAGAAAGAUGGUGUAGUGGAUUCUACAGUUCUUUCUUCAAUGCCCUGCUUGUUGAUGGAACUGAGAAGGGACUCUUCUGAGUCUCAGUUAGCAUCCACAGAGAGUGACAAGCCAACAGCUGGCAGAGUUUAUGAGAGUGACUCUUCUAAUCACUGCAUGCUUUCCCCUUCCUCUAGUGGUCACCUGGCUGAUUCAGAUACGUUGUCUUCUGCAGAAGAGAAUGAACCCUCCCAGGCAGAAACGGGUCUAGAAGGAGACCCUUCUGGAGUGUCUGGUGCCACUGUUGGGCGCAAAUCUCGGCGGUCCCGAUCUGAAAGUGAAACAUCCACUAUGGCUGCCAAGAAAAAUCGGCAAUCCAGUGAUAAACAGAAUGGCCGAGUUGCCAAGGUUAAAGGUCACCGGAGCCAAAAGCAAAAGGAGAGAAUCAGGCUACUGAGGCAAAAACGGGAGGCUGCUGCGCGUAAGAAAUAUAACCUGUUGCAGGACAGUAGUACCAGUGAUAGUGACCUGACUUGUGACUCAAGCACAAGCUCAUCAGAUGAUGAUGAAGAGGUUUCAGGGAGCAGCAAGACAAUCACUGCAGAGAUACCAGAUGGACCUCCAAUUGUAGCUUAUUAUGAUAUGUCUGACACCAGCUCUGAACCAGAAGUGGUAAAUGUGAACACUUUAUUGGCGGCUGCAGUAGUUCAAGAGCACAGUAAUUCUGUAGGAGGCCAGGACACAAGAGCUACCUGGAGGACCAGCGGGCUUCUAGAGGAGCUGAAUGCGGAGGCAGGUCAUUUGGAUCCAGGAUUCCUUACAAGUGAAAAGACAUCUGCUGGCAGUGCACCACUCAAUGAAGAAAUUAAUAUUGCCUCUUCAGAUAGUGAAGUGGAGAUUGUGGGAGUUCAGGAACAUGCAAGGUGUGUCCACCCUAGAGGAGGUGUGAUUCAGAGUGUUUCUUCGUGGAAGCAUGGCUCGGGCACGCCAUACGUGAGCAGCCGGCAAACUCAGUCAUGGACUGCCGUGACUCCCCAGCAGACCUGGGCCUCGCCUGCGGAAGUCGUCGACCUGACCUUGGAUGAGGACAGCAGGCGUAAAUACCUACUGUAAUACCGUGUCACCGUGUCUCCUCCGCACUGCUCCCCUCUACCCCCUCCUCUUUGCGACAUGGAAGUUCAUUGUCAUAGCUUCAGCCUAAGAAGCUGUUUGUGGCAUUUGUAUAAUCAAAAAUCAUGGAAAAUUGUCCCCCCCUCCUUUUUUUUCUUUUUUCUUUUUUGUAAAUUAAAAGAAGUCACUUAGGAAAAUAACUUAAUCACAGAGAAAAGAAUUUCUUCUUUCCUUCAGUAGGAAUAUGAGAAUGAUGAAUUUAUUAGACAACUUCAUUUUACUUGGUGACUUUUCUCUUAGAAAACGCUGCCCUCCUUUUAGAACAAUAUUUUAAUUACUAAGUGAAAUGAAUUUCAGUGUUUGAAUCUUGUAUUUAUUUUUCUGUGUAAUAAUAUCUAGACUUGACCACUAUCAGCCCACCCAUUGGCACUCCUACCUUAGGGCAUUUGCACACAUAUUAGUCAGGUCCUUAUUGGCACCUAGUAGGGCAUGUGCAUUUGAAACCUGUCCUUAGAAAUAGAAGACAGAAGUAUUACUUUUCUUUUAGCUUAAGUCUUCUAACUUUUUCCUGACUUUGCUCCUGGCUGACUUCCCACAACGCAGAUAAUUGACAUGCCCCUUUGUGUUUAUAAAUACUGCUAAGAUGACCUAAUUGGUCUCUCCGUUGCAAUAAUUCAUAACUCUUUGGAAAAUGUCUCCUUUUGUGGCUGAGGCAUUUCGGAUAGAUAUCUACCACGAGGAUUUCUGGGCAUCUGAAGAGAGUACUGCGAGAUAGAUCAGUAGGAAAAUCUCUCUCCCUCAACCUUUUCCUGGUUUAUUCAUAUAAUGAAAGAACACAGAAACCUGUUACUUAGGUAGAAUAUAGAGUUGUGUGGCUUCUAAGGCUUUGGGCACUUGCAAAUCUGUGAGGAAAAUGCCUUCUUUCAUAUCCGAUCUCUCCAUAAAGGAUGUACAACAACUGUUCAAACUAGAGCUGAAAUUGACCUGAUUCUAUAUUUGGAUAUUUUUCUCCUCUACCUUCUAAAAUUGGAAAAACCAAAAUACAUCAUAAGAAACCAGAUGCAAAGCACAUUAACGGCACUGUAGGUUUUACAGUAUCUAAAAAGCAUGGCAAAGGGUAGUAGGAGCUUCAGGGAAUUCAGGAAAUACCAGUGUUGGAGUUUGUGGCAUUAGUUACUACCUUUUUUCCUAUGAAAUGUUUUAGUUACUAGUGAAUUAUUUUACAAGCAAUACCUAGAGGUAAAACACUAUGUACUGUGCACAAGGAGUAAAGUAAUACUGGCUUAAAAGACCGCACCGUUAGUUUUUCCACAGAGUUUGUUAGCCUUUUUUGGGUUUUUGGUUCCAUUUUUACCAUACAAUGUUGCUAAAGCCCUUUGUCUCCCUCCCCAAAUACUUUGUUGGCUCUUCCUUAUCAUAAGAGCAUGAAAACUACCAUUUCUUAGUUUCAUUCAGUGGACACUCAUUUACUAAGUGCCUGUUCCACACAAGGCACUUGCGGGUGGAUGCUGUGGGGCUGCUGAGAUAAAUGAGACACUCCUUGCGUAUGCAUGCACCAGAAGACUCUGCCUGCCUGGCCUUUUCUUGUGUUUUGGAAAGACUCAGUUGUUCCUUUACCCUUCUUCCUGCUGCUUUACUUCCAUACAUCUCUUCCCUGGCAGUGUAUUUAAGCAUGUGUUCUUUGAGCUUCUGUGACAAUAUCUUAUUUCAUCUGGCCUCUGUUCUUCAUCAACUUUUUAUUUUUCUGUCAAUCUACCUUUAAUAGAUCAGGCCUUUAAGAGAUCACUAACCUCCAGUUUUAGCACCUCAUAUUUCAAGUCUCUCACAUGGCCACAGUUCUAGACUAAAACCAAAGACCCAGAGGCCAGAGCAAAAUAGGACCUUCUGCAGAUUCACUACUGGUGUAUCAUUGGACCUUCACAUUUUACUUUAGGGUUAAUUUAUUAAAUUUUACUGUUAUGUGUUGUUUUUGACUUGAAUUAAAAUGCUAGACAAAGCAGAAAUGUACAAUUUCUGGUCUGUGUGUUCCAGGAAAAUCAUUGAGAAAGAAUAGAAUGGAUUUAUUUGACUUGAAGUUUUUGCAGCUUAUUUUGUCCCCAAUAUCAGGGCAGAGCCCGUUUUAAAGAAUGUUUUGCAGUACAUACUCUUAUGUUAAUGUGUUUGUCUAGUUCCAUACAGCAGAUGAGUUCCCAUGACAUGUUUUCUUUAGCUCCUAAUAGUCAUACUCUAAAGAGAAUUCUUUUGAUGUGCUAUGUGCACUGCGGAUUGGGAGCAGAAUGAAGUUGUAACCAAGCUCUUUUCUGGCCUUUUGCUUUUAUAGCAGGUUGCACUUGCCCUCACCUGUGCCUCUUCCAGCACCCUGCCUACCUACCUGAGUUAAUGCACCAGAACAGAGAUUUAGAAAUUAAGAUGCAAAAAAGGGGAGGGGAAGGGAUGGUAGAGACAGUCAGCCCCCCCCCCCCACUAGAUUGGAACUUCCCACCUAUUAACUAUAGAGACUAUGUUUCAACUCUUCUUUCAUUGCCAGAUCCAGUAGAGCUGGGAUGUGGUUUCUGGCAAGGUAUUAAUGGCAAAAUUCUGUGGUAAACAACUCCUGUGACAUUUGAAAUUUCUUGUAAGGGGAUCUUUUUUAACCAAAGUUUUGCAUUUGGUAGCAUAAAUACUUCUUUAUGCUUCAUAGAACAUUGUCCAUUCAAAGUAACAUCUCUGCUAAGUGGUGCAGUUGGGUCACAGAUUGGUUUAAGGCACUAAUUUGGUUAAGCCUCCCCUCCACCCAAUUUGAAACCACAGAGCAGUAACCAGCUAUUUAUUACAUCAUCACGACUGCCCUGUAACACGUUAUUGCUGCUCACCAGUAGUUGUCUUUUUAUUUUGUUGGAAGGGGCCAGACUGAAUGGACUUUAUUAUUCUUUACAGUUGAGCAUCCCGUAAACUCUGUUUAUUAUUAUCAGUUGUGAAUAUGAACUGUCUGAUUUGCUAGCUUAGUCAGUUGUUCAUUGUUACUUUGAGCAGAUUAGCACCAUAGGUAUUACUUAAAAAUGAAUUUGUUGCCUGCUUUUUUGUACUGUUUCACAAAGUUUUUGAAAAAGCUGGGGACACAAUUCUGUCUUUUAGUUUAACUUUUUUUUAAAGGCAAAGAGCCCCUAAUCCCUGUUUUCCAGUAUGUGUAUGAUGUGACUUCCAUGUAUAUAUAAAAAUGAUUGCGCCCUAACCAAACUUCCUCAGAUUGUGCACUGUUUGUUUAAAAUAAUCACAUAUUUUAGUUCAAUGCUGUUGUAUUUUUUCAUUUUAUUUAAAACACUAUGUACCUAUUCUUUAACAAACUUUAAAGGGUAGUGAUCUUUAAAAAAAGUCACUGGAUAACUAGGAAAUAUUUUUGUUGUUUUUUUUUUGUUUUUUUUUUUAAGAGUACAAAGGUCAUUGAAGCCUUUUGCUCCUCUUACCGUGAAAAUGAAAUGUUAGCCAUUGUAUGGCUAGGAA